AGCCUUGCUUUCAUCAGAAUCCGCCCCUCCAAGCUUCUCUCUCUCUCUCUCUCUCUAUCCCUCUCUCUCGGAAUUAAUCAAACCUCGAUCGCAAUUGCAGCCAUGAAGAGCAGGGGCAUUAUUGAGUUUGUCUUGGUUCUCGUUGUCGUCGUAUUCGUUCUUUUUCCGGCGCCGGCAACCGGGGAGUGCACGUGUGAAUCGGAGAGCGAGGAUCGGAACAAGAGUGAGGCUCUCAAGUAUAAACUGGCGGCGAUAGCCUCCAUUCUGGUUGCCAGCGCCGUCGGCGUGUCGUUGCCGGUCCUCGGGAGGAUCGUCCCGGCUCUGCGGCCGGAGAGCAAUCUGUUCUUCGUCAUCAAGGCCUUCGCCGCGGGGGUCAUUCUCUCCACUGGCUUCAUCCACGUCCUCCCCGAUGCGUUUGAAAGCUUAACGAGCCCUUGCCUCAAUGAAAACCCCUGGGCCAAUUUUCCGUUUACCGGGUUCGUCGCCAUGGUCGCGGCCAUUGGCACAUUGAUGGUCGACUCCUUUGCGACCAGCUAUUACAACAAAUCCCAUUUUGUGAAGCCGAAGCCUCUGACGGCGGACGGGGAGAGGGAGCUGGGAGAGCAUACAGGGCAUGUCCACGUUCACACCCAUUCCACCCACGGCCAUGCCCAUGGCGCCGCUUUCGACUUACAAGAAGACCCCAAUUCCGAAAAUUCCUCCGAUCUUCACCGUCAUCGCGUUAUCUCACAGGUGCUGGAAUUGGGGAUUGUGGUUCAUUCUGUGAUAAUUGGGAUAUCACUGGGCGCUUCUGAGAGUCCAAAGACGAUCAAGCCUCUUGUUGCAGCGCUGACUUUCCACCAAUUUUUCGAGGGCAUGGGCCUCGGAGGCUGCAUUUCCCAGGCCAAGUUCAAGAGUCGGGCAGUGAUGCUGAUGUCGAUCUUCUUCUCCCUGACGACGCCGAUUGGGAUCGUGAUUGGCUUCGGAAUCUCCAAUAUUUACCUCGAGAACAGCCCGACGGCGCUGAUUGUGGAGGGCGUCUUCAACGCCGCGUCGGCCGGAAUCCUGAUCUAUAUGGCACUGGUCGACCUGCUGGCUGCGGAUUUCAUGAACCCGAAAGUGCAGAGCAAUCUCAAGCUCCACCUUGCCAACAAUGUCUCGCUCCUUCUUGGGGCUGGUUGUAUGUCGCUCUUGGCGAAGUGGGCUUGAACUCCAGUUCUAGCUGCAGUACAUAAAAGGAGGAGAAGGAAGAAGACGAAGAAGAAGAAGAAAGCUUUUCUUUUUUUUUGGGUGGAGUCGUCCUUAAGAGAUUAGAUAUAGAGAUAGAGAUAGAGAUAGAAAUAUUUUUGUUUUGAUUCGAAUAUGAUAGAUUUUUUUUUUAUCACCUUUUCUUUUCAGCCAAAAACAAAUCAGCAAACAGUUGGAGUUA